CCGCUCUGUUGGCGUCUGGCCACACGUGCAAUGCAAGCUGCAAUAAUGAUGCCGUGUUACUCGGCUUCAGCUGACCUCGGCUCUCAGCUACAGGUUAGUGAAAGCAGUUACACCCAACACCGCAUUACUCGUGCUGUGGCCCGCAACACCUCCUGCAAUAUCAAUACCUUGUGCGGCCAAAUGCUCUUGCCUCUUCGCUAAUGGCAGCCCAGAACGUGCCUGAAUCCGCCACACAGUGCUACGCCAGCCAGACCAAUAAGCGAAGGCGGCGUACGCAAGUGCACCCUAACCGGAGUAUCAAGGAUGGGACGCUUGCGCUGUGCUCAGUAGUGAGAGCGCACGUGAAUGGGGCAGCAUCUGGGGACCCAGCAGACUGUUCCGCAGAAGGUUGUACGACGCUCGCUUCCUCUUUGAGUCACUUUCAUUCCAUACUGCUGGGCCAAUGGGUACAGCGCGCACGUUUUGUGUGCUUGUAUCUUCGAGCUGCGUUUCCAAGGGUCCGGUACCUGACGUCUUUGAAUUGCGCGUAGGCAAGGGCACCGCGAUGCACACCACGCUCACUGUAGUGGAACCGGCUCGUAUUGUGCGCUACCUUGCCCAACCUAUUCUUCGCGCAGGAC